AUGGAUGAUGGAUGGAUGAACCUUACUUCAGGAAAGUACUUAGCAGUAACUCCUCAAUUUUCAGUGACGGUGACCUUGGAUGCUCGGACUGGGACAGUGGGUAGUUUGGUGUACGAUGUUCAAGUGACCGACAACGAAACCGAUCCCAUUACAUAUGUGAUGACCGUCGACCCAUCCACAGUCGACUACUUCCAGAUCAGCCAACAAGAUGGAGUCAUUACCGCAGCCAAACACUUGCUAACGGCAACCGUGACCCCUGUGACACUCAGGGUCAACGUCAGCGACGGCAAACACACUGUAGGCCCCCUUACCAUCACUGUCAACAUUCAAAACUUAAACACUCGCCCGAGUGUACAGAACCUCCCCCUCAACGUCACACUCAACGAAGACGCACCGGCCGGGACAUUGAUUGCCACACUGACAUUAUCGGACCCCGACAUUUUCCAGACACUAAGUCCUGUCUUCACAGUGGAUCCUGUGGCGGAAGCCUCCAAGUUUGUCUAUCAGGCCGGAACCAGACAAGUCCGGUUAAAUGCAGUUACAACUGGUGCAACUCUCCUGGACGCUGAGUCUGUCAGUACCCUUAACCUCUCGUUCGCCCUCUUCGACGGCUUCCUCCCCUCCGUCAACGCUUACAUCUUCCUCACUGUUGCCAAUGUGAACGAACCGCCGUUCUUCAGCCGACCUAUUCAUUACUGCACGUUGUUGGAAGGCAAUCAAUUCGGCUCUACGUGUGCUCUCAGUCUGACAAUUAGAGAUCCGGAAGGGGACAUCAUUCUGUCCCCAUCACUCAAUGCCGCAAACAACAGCAAUCUCUUUUUCCUGGAGAACGACAACCUGAGAAUCAGUAACAACUACGUCGUCGACCGUGCCACCUUCCCAUCAGCGGCAACGUUGACAAUAGAGGUAGCGGACGACAAAGGGGCAACAGGGUCUUCACUUAUCCAGGUGACGGUGUUAGACCAGAACACCCAGACACCAGACUUUGGGGGCAGUGCCACGUCUGUCGUAAUUACUCAGAACGUGCUGACGCCGCCUACAACACUGGCAACGAUCACCGCUACCGACGCCGACCUAACCUCUCCCAACAAUGACGUCACCUUACGCCUCCAAAGUAGCAUCAAUCUAGGAAGCAACGUUAUAUUCAGUAAUGACGGUCGGGUAACAUAUCUGAACCGUUUCACUGCAAACAAAGACUGCUCUGAUUGUAGACUGGAAAUUAUAGCGUUUGAUGGAGGAAGUCCAGCCCGUACCGCAACAACAACAUACUACGUGAGCUUCGUCACCACAACUACUACUACUACUACAACGACCACCACUACAACGACCACGACAACCACAACCACAACGACAAUAGCUCCUGCAGUUUCUUCAUCUGACGUAUUUUCGACUACAGCUGGAGAGGCACUGCUGGGUGUCCUGAUCGCGCUGCUGGUUCUUCUGCUGCUGUUGUUAAUUGGCUACUUCCUGUAUAGGUACUGUAGAUACGGUACAUGCUGCGGCCCAACCGGACCCAAUGGAUCCGGUGCGAUAUGUGGAGCUGGAGGACCGAACGGUCCGGGAGGAGGAGGAGGAGGAGGAGGAGGGGGGAUGUGUGGAAACUGUUGUGGCGGACCGCCGGAACCAAAUCAAGUGAAACCCAGACCUGAGGCCCCAGACUAUGGCCAGAUAAGGACUCCACCAGAAGGUGUCCGAAAUAACGUGUACCAAGCAUCUGGCGAUUACAAGGAUGACUUCUGGCAUACAAAUGACGGCUACAUCGACAACCGACCACGGUCUAUGAAGUCCGUACGUAUCGGAGGAUUCUCUCCAUCCGGAAACCAGAGGUCGCUCCCGUCUAAUCGACCAUAUUAAUUAUGUAUACGUUGCACAACGGGGUUUUGAAAUCUAAACUGUUCUGUUUGUAGAAAUUCGUAUUUCCUCUUAUUUAUGCUGUUUUGAUGUUCCGCGUCUGUGAUGGUACUUUAUACCUGUAUGACAAAGCCUUUCUGAAUGAGGAAUUUUAAUUCCUGUGCCUGCUCGACAAUUCACGCGUCAUCAAUGCGUA